AACUCGCAACGAAUUGCAAAGAUAGAUCGGUUGUGGAAUUUUUAAGAGACGUGUCUUAACUCUGUACUCAAUAUAACCUAAAGAGAUGUCGGUGAACGUUUUGCAAACAAUCGAUGAUUUUACGAAUUUUGUAAGGUCACAUGAAUUAAGUGUAGUGCACUUUUCAGCUGAUUGGGCUGAACAAUGUGCUCAAGUUACUGAUGUUUUAAAGGAAUUACAAAAGUUACCUGAAAUUCAAAAAAGUGGAACAAAAUUUUCAGUAUGUGAUGCUGAAAAACUUUCAGAAAUCUCAUUGAAACACAAGGUUGAGUCAGUUCCCACAGUUAUAUUGUUCAAAAAUGGUUCCCAAGUGGAUAGAGUUGAUGGAGUUGAUGCUGCUCAAAUCACACAAAAAGUUAAAACACACAGUUCUAAAAGCAAUAUUAUCAGCAGCGCUACACCAUCAAAAGAAAGCUUAGAAGAUAGACUAAAAGCUCUUAUAAAUAAAAGUAAUGUUAUGGUCUUCAUGAAGGGUACAAGAGAUGCCCCUAGGUGUGGGUUCAGUAAGACACUUAUUCAGAUUCUCAAUGGUGUAGGAGUACAAUAUGAAACUUUCGACAUUUUGACUGAUGAAGAAGUGCGCCAGGGAUUGAAAGUAUAUUCAGACUGGCCGACCUAUCCGCAAGUAUAUGUAAAAGGAGAACUUGUCGGUGGAUUAGACAUAAUAAAGGAAUUGCAAGCCUCCGGAGACUUACAAUCUACACUGAAUGCCUAAAGUUAUGCUUUACUUUAUGUUGUAGUAUAUUUUUUAUUAAAUUAAUUGGGUUUUGAAAUAAGA